GGCUUGACCCGUGUCCGCUUGGCUCGGAGGGAAAGGAGCCGGCGGGGCCGUGCGGUGCCCCUCGUGCCAGCACUAUGCACCCCGAUGAGGAGCCCCUGACAGAGGAGCCUCUGUUGGGCGGAUGCAGCCAACAAAAGCCAAGCGACCGCUUACAUGGGGCCUAUGUUAUUUUUUUCCUCUUGGGCGUUGGGUCACUGCUGCCCUGGAAUUUUUUCAUCACAGCAAAGCACUACUGGAUGUACAAGCUGCAAAACUGCUCGGAUCGGGCAGGCCCCGUGGGACAGCAGGCAUCAGAUAUGCAGGACUUUUUUGAGAGCUACAUCUCCAUUGCUUCAACUGUGCCCUCGGUGCUGUGCCUGAUCGGAAACUUCUUGCUUAUCAACAAGGUGCCCGCCAGUGUCCGGAUCCUGUCCUCCCUCUUUGUCAUGCUGGCUGUCUUCCUGGUGAUCACGGUGCUGGUGAAGGUCGACACCUCUGCCUGGACCACCCGCUUCUUUGCCCUCACUAUCGGCUGUGUGGCCAUCGUCAGUAGUGCCUCGACUGUCUUCACCAGCAGCAUCUUUGGUCUGAGCAGCUGCUUCCCCAUGAGGAACUUGCAAGCGCUGAUCUCAGGUCAGGCCAUGGGUGGCACCAUCAGCGCCGUUGCCUCUCUGAUAGACCUGGCUGCAGCAGCCAAUGUUACUGACAGCGCCCUGGCCUACUUCCUCACCGCUGACAUCUUCAUCGUCUUCUGCAUCAUGAUGUACCUCCUCCUUCCCAGGUUGGAGUACUCCAGGUAUUACAUGAGCAGCCAGGAGGAGAGCCCUUCUCUGGCCACUGUGCCACCUGACAGCUCUACGGAAGACGAGGCAGAGCCAGAAGGCACCACAAGUACCUCCUUCACUGCAAAAAGCACAGGCAUCCCACCGCUCCGCCCCAUCCUGAAGAAGACCGCUCUCCUUGGCUUCUGCCUCUUCUACAUCUUCUUCAUCUCCAUCAUCAUCUUCCCUUCUCUCUCAUCUAACAUCGAGUCGGUCAGCAAGUCUUCGGGAAGCCCAUGGAGCACUAAAUACUUUGCUCCGCUCACCAGUUUCCUCCUGUACAACUUUGCUGACUGGUGUGGGAGGCAGAUCACUGCCUGGAUCCAGAUGCCUGGUCCCAAGAGCAAGCUGCUGCCUACCCUUGUCCUCCUCAGGACCAUCUUCCUCCCUCUUUUUAUCCUCAGCAACUACCAGCCCCGGGCUCAGAUCCAGAUGGUGGUCUUCAACCAAGAUGUUUACCCAGUGGUCUUCACAGCGCUGUUGGGGCUGAGCAAUGGCUACCUGGGGACACUGGUCAUCAUCUAUGGCCCCAAGAUAGUGCCAAAAGAGCUGGCUGAGGCGGCAGGGGUGGUGAUGACAUUUUACCUCAUGUUGGGGCUGGCUGUGGGGUCUGCCUUCUCUGUUCUCAUUGUCCACCUCAUUUAGAGGAGCAGCUGGGGGGAAUGCCCUCGGUUUGUGGUAAUGUUGUCGGGUAUUUAGGACUUUUUCCCCCAAAAGCCAGGCCCGCCACUCUGCCUGUCUUGCUGAGGGGAAGAAGGGGUUUGCAUCCAAGAGGAAAGUCCUCCUUCUGGGAAGGGGUGUCCUCUGUGCCUGGGAGGUACUGUCAGACAUUUGUCAUUCUCCAUCUUGACUGGAGCAAAUGGACCAAAAAAGCCUUGUCCUCCCCAAGGAGCUCAGGGAAGCAUGGGGGCCACAGGGAAACCUGGCCCUCGCCCCAGUGCCAGUGAGUAAGGGUGGCUAGGUGGUGCCGCCACUCUGGUUUUCAACUGAAACCAAGGCUUUUGAUGGCACCUUGGGAAUUGCUGCCUUACUGUUUUGAGUUUACCCCUGCAGUGUUUUGAUGAUCUCAGGGGGAUCCCCCUUCAUCAAACUCGGGUGCUGAACUAAAGGGAAUUUGAGCCCUGGAGCACCUUCAAGGAAGCUUUGAGGGCAGAUAGCAGCCACACCAGGGAGCAGGGAACAGUUUCAGGUGUAUUUAUUUCAUAC